GGUGUGUGUGUGUGUGUGUGCAGAAGUGAGGAGGAAACCUGAUCUCCCUCUCUCUCUCUCUCUGUGGAAUACUGCUUUCCGUUAGCUCCUGUCGUUAUUGUUGUAAGCUUAUAGCCUAGCCUGGCACAGGUUGGCCCAGUUUGGACCUCCUGCGGCUGGUGUUGGUGGUGAUGGAGCGGUUCCUGGCCCUGCUGCGCCUGCUGGGCAGGAGGAGGCGAGGGAGGAGGUACCGGGCGGAUGACGAUUACCAGGAAGGCUACGAAGACGUUUACUACUACACCAGCAAGUACAACACACACCUACUGAAUGAGGGGCCGUACACUAAACACUCUGCUGGGGCGAGACCUCCAGAUGGGGCGCUGGCCAUCAGGAGGCAGAGUAUACCAGACGAGUUUCGGGGCUGCUCGGUGGUGGAGCUGAUGAAGAAGGAGGGGACGACGCUCGGACUGACGGUCUCAGGCGGCAUCGACAAAGAUGGGAAGCCCCGGGUUUCAAACCUGCGACAGGGAGGCAUCGCUGCCAGGAGCGACCAGCUGAACGUGGGCGACUACAUCCGAGCCGUUAACGGCAUCAACCUGUCCAAGUUCAGACACGAUGAGAUCAUCAGUCUGCUGAAGAACGUCGGGGAGCGAGUCGUACUGGAGGUUGAGUACGAACUACCGCCUGUCUCGGUGCAGGGGUCAGGGGUCAUGUUCAAGAACGUAGAAGUCACGCUUCACAAAGAUGGAAACAGCUUCGGCUUCGUCAUCAGAGGUGGGGCUCAUGAAGACAGGAACAAGUCCCGCCCGAUCGUGAUAACAACCAUCAGGCCAGGCGGUCCGGCUGACAGAGAAGGAACUGUCAAGCCUGGAGACAGACUGCUUAGCAUCGACGGGAUUCGUCUCCAUGGCAGCACGCUAUCGGAGGCCAUGAGCAUCCUGAAGCAGUGCGGACAGGAAGCCACGCUGCUGCUCGAGUACGACGUCUCAGUGAUGGAUUCUGUUGCCACGGCGUCGGGGCCGCUGCUGGUGGAGGUUGCCAAGGCGACAGGCUCCAGUCUGGGCGUGGCUCUGUCCACCUCCAUGUUCUGCAGCAAGCAGGUCAUCGUCAUCGAUAAGGUCAAACCGGCCAGCAUAGCCGACAGGUGCGGUGCUCUUCAUGCAGGAGAUCACAUUCUGUCUGUUGAUGGGAAGUCGAUGGAGUUUUGUUCUCUGGCUGAGGCCACUCAGCUGCUCUCUGCCUCCUGUCAGACCGUCCGCAUGGAGAUCCUGCCACAACACCAGGCCCGACCGGCCCUGAACGCACCACAGCACGUCAAGGUGCAGCGUAGUUCCCGCACCCUCCCCUGGGAGAGCGGAGGCUCCGCCCCCAUCCUCCCCCCCUACCACUACAACACGUACCACCCCGACCAAUCAGCUGCCAGAUCGCACAACCGCCAAACAAACAACCCUCCUCUGAGCCACUCGUUCUCUCCCGGCUCCAUGUCGGCCUACAGUCUCUCGUCCCUCAACAUGAGCACCAUGCCCAGGAACAUGUAUCCCACGAGUCCACGGGGCACGCUGAUGAGGAGGAAGGCCAAGAAGAAGGAUUUCAAGAGUUCCUUGUCUCUUGCGUCCAGCACCGUGGGUCUCGCCGGCCAGGUCGUUCACACGGAAACCACGGAGGUGACGUUGCUAGGCGAUGGCAUUAUGGGGUUCGGCCUGCAGCUGCAGGGCGGAGUCUUCGCCACGGAAACGCUCUCCUCGCCGCCGCUCAUCGCUUACAUCGACCCUGACAGCCCGGCGGAAAGGUGUGGUAUCCUGCAGAUUGGUGACAGGAUUUUGUCCAUUAACGGAGUUCCUACUGAAGACUCGACUCUGGAAGAAACCAAUCAGCUGCUCAGAGACUCGUCCAUCACCGCUCAGCUCAUACUGGAGAUCGAGUUCGACGUGGCCGAGUCGGUCAUUCCCAGUUCAGGAACGUUUCAUGUGAAGCUCCCGAAGAAACCGGGGGUGGAGCUGGGAAUCACCAUCAGCUCUCCGUCCAACAGGAAACCAGGUGAUCCUCUGAUCAUCUCUGACAUCAAGAAAGGCAGCGUCGCACACAGGACGGGAACGUUGGAGCUCGGAGACAAGCUGCUGGCCAUCGAUAACAUCCGGGUGGAGAACUGCUCCAUGGAGGAAGCUGUUCAGAUCCUCCAACAGUGUGAGGAGCUCGUCAAACUGAAGAUCCGAAAAGACGAAGACAACUCGGAUGAACAAGAAGUGUCUGGCAGCAUCAUCUACACGGUGGAGCUGCAGAGGUACGGAGGCCCGCUGGGAAUCACCAUCUCUGGCACCGAGGAGCCCUUUGACCCCAUCAUCAUCUCCUCACUGAGCAAGGGAGGGCUGGCCGAGAGGACCGGUGCGAUCCAUGUAGGCGAUCGUAUUCUGGCGAUCAACAGCAGCAGUCUGAAAGGGAAACCUCUGAGCGAAGCCAUCAGUCUGCUGCAACAAGCAGGAGAGACGGUCACACUGAAGAUCAAGAAGCAGGGAGAGUUGUCAAGCCCAAAGUCGUGUGUGAUUGGUCCAGGCCUGGGGCUGGGGGCGGGGCUUGUCCACGAGCACCAGGACGGGGUGGAUGAGCCUGUUGUCAUGGUCGCGCCUCUGUCAAACCAGCGAGCGUUCAGCACGCUGCCAUCUGUCGACAGCGCUGUGGAGUCCUGGGACGGAUCCAACAUGGACAGCAGCUUUACCUCCCCAGCUCCACCCUUUCAGUCGUCUCCGUACAGUUUCCACGAGUGGCGCAACGCCAAGACACCCAACAGCCAAUCAUCAUCCUCCACUCGCCAGAGAGCCAAUCCGCUGUCAGAUCUCGGCCUGAGCGACGACGACUGGGACCGCCCGCCGCUUGGAGGAGCCUGUAGUCUGCCCAGCGGUCUAAUCAAUGACAGCAGGUUCACUGUGGGGCAUGAUGGGACAGAACCGGACCAGGAGGAGAACUUCUGGUCUCAGGCUCUGGAGGAUCUGGAGACCUGUGGCCAGAGCGGCAUCCUCAGAGAGCUGGAGGCAACCAUCAUGUCAGGCUCUAGCCUCAGUCUGAACCAUGACCCCGCCCCCCUGCGCAGCACACUGGGACGCCAGGCGAGCUUCCAGGAACGCAGCAACUCCAAACAACAGGUGAACGCUCGGUCCAACACCUUGCCCUCUGACCCUCAGCGCCGAGCCUUUGCCAUGAGGAAGAUGAGACAGGAAGUCAAUGAGAUCCUAAACCAGAACCCCGUGGAACUCCACAAGCUGAAUCUAGAGAAGGCCUCAGACCUGGAGGAUUUCGGUUUCAGUGUUUCUGACGGUAUGUUGGACCGCGGCGUCUACGUUAACAACAUUCGACCGGGAGGCCCGGCAGAGCUGGGCGGCCUCCGAGCCUACGACCGUAUACUACAGAUCAACCACGUGCGGACCAGGGACUUUGACUGCUGCCUCGUCGUUCCACUGAUCGCCGAGUCUCCAAACCAUCUGGAGCUUGUCAUCAGCCGAAACCCUGCCUCCUCCUCCCUGCUGGCCAAUCACAAUGAUGGCACCACCAACAGCAGCCACUCCUCUCAGCCAAUGGGCAGCGAGCUGGGACCACCGGAGCUCUCCAUUGGCCAGGGAGAGGAUGGUGGUCCGAUCAAGUGGAGCCAACCGGGAGACAAGCUGGGGGCGGGGCUUGGGUUGGGUCAGGUGAAUAAUAAUUCCUUAUAGCAGACAAAAACUGGAUUCAACCGCUUCUAACCAGAUUUGGACUGGAGGGUUCAACAAGGACAACAAUACAACAAAGUUGAAUUAAACUGGUUUAGACCCGUCCAAACUGGUUCAGAGUGGACCUCCCCCAUGGUGCUACACACACCCUAUGGAUGAACUUUGACCUUUGACCACUAACUUGAACUUUGAACUGCUAAAGCAGCCUGAAAGCACACUGAUGGACCGGAGCAACGCCUCACCUUUUCACUUGAACCAGUUCUGCAUACUGGUCCUUCUGGUGUCACUGGAACCAGAAGUACAACCACUGAUCCUACUGGAACCAUAGCCAGAGCUACUGGUCUGAGUGGUUCGAGAUUAAUGGGUUUGGUUCUGCUCGCCCAGAGCCAUGGGUACUGAUUCUAUUGAAGCCAGAGCCACAGCCAGAGGUUUUACCGGUUUAAGAUGGAUAGUUAGUGGUUCUACACGCCUAGAACUCGGGCUAACUGGUCCCACUGAAACCAGAGCCACAGCCAGAGGUUUUACCGGUUUAAGAUGGAUAGUUAGUGGUUCUACACGCCUAGAACUCGGGCUAACUGGUCCCACUGAAGCCAGAACCACAACCAAUGGUCUUAACCCGCCUGUUGUCUUUGGGUCAAAUUUGACCCAUUUUCAAAAAGUUUCUACAUUACAAAUCUGGGUUUCUUUCAACCAAAUUGUCAAAAAAAAAUAACGUGGAUGGUUCCAUA